CCUGGGCUCGGGAGGCUGCCAGCUGAAAUCAGUGCCACCCUCCAGCAGAGAGGCAAUAAUUAGCCUCCUAAAUAUCACAAACAGCGUGUUUAUUGGGACAAAAUAACUCGAGUGACUUCUCCAGGAUGAAGCAGCUGCAUCCAAAGAGAUCUCUGCUCCUCUGAGACGUGUUUACCUGUGGAGCAUCUAACGGACAUGUCCUGCUAUCAGUAACCUUCUGGGGACAUGUCUGUUAGAGAGGACCUCACUGAUCCACACACCAGCAUGCAGGACGUCUCUGUUCCUGGCUGAGACGCUCACUGAGGCCAGAAACCAGCUGCUGGAUGGAGACCAGGAAGAAGACCACAGCAGGGGUUCUGUUCUGGACCCCGGCCCCGGCCCCCUCCUCCCCCACCAGCUCCGUUAUAUCUGAGGACACGUGGGAGGAUGAGGACGAGGAGGAAGAGCAGGCGGAGAGAGACGAUGACUUUGUUCUCCAGAUGGAUGAGAACGGCAUCAUCGGCCUGUCAGAAGCUCUGCAGGAGGACGAGGAGGAGGAGUCUGGAGGGUCUAGUGGUGAUCCAGGAGAGGAAGACCCUAGUGGGAAUAACAGGGACUCACCUGAACUCUGGUCAAACACAGGACCACCAGGACACGAUGGACAAAUUAUUGCACUAUUUGAGGACUUGCUCGGUAGCUCAAAAUCACAGAGCGUGGAUGAGACGGCGAGGAGGAGGAAACAAGAGAAAAAGUACCUGGAGAUGACGGAGGAGGAGAAAGAUGGAGAGGAAAAUACAGGGAGGAGAAAUAAAAGUAAACACAGGAGCACAUGGAGAGAGCUGGGACCUCCAAACGGCUUGACUGAGAGCUUUAUUCCCAAAGAACAGCUGAAGAAGAUCAGCUCUACUCCAUCUUGUAGCAAUCAGCUGUUAGCCACAGAACCUGGUAGCUUCUCCAAUCAUCACUGCCUAAUAUCACCAAUAUCACCUGUCCAAGCCUCUUCUUCUCUCCUCCACCUGCUGCACUUCACUGCUGAGGAGCUAGCUGCCUCUCCAGGGAUCGAUGCUGAAACGCUGCCAGAGAUCAGCUUCACCGAAAGCCAUCCAGUGUCCCUCAGGAGCCUCAGGUCCGGUCCUGGUGGUCCUGGUGGUCCUGGUGGUCCUGAGGUGAAGCCCAGGACUUCUCUCCAGCCAGCAGCAGCGUUCUCUGGAGAACUGAUGUCAGAUCAGUUCAGUAAUGUUCCUUUAAAGGUGUCGGAUAAAUCUGAUCAGCCUCAGAAACAGUCCACUCCCUCACCGAGGAAGAUGAGGCAGCCCUCCUCCUCCUCCUCCAGACCUCCUGAAGCUGCUUGUUCCAGCUCUCGUUCCUUCGGCUCAGCAAGUUCAGACUCCUUCACAUUCAAACAUCAGACUGUUAGUCCAGACAGAGAGUUGAGGACGCCCGGAGCUCAGAGUAAUGCUGCUGGAACAGAUGAAUCCAGAAAAGGACCUCUAAGUCACCGCAGACCAGACUUCUCCAAAGUGGAGCCGAGGGUCCAUUUCCCUAAAGGUGGUUACAAGCCCCCCAAGAGCCGACGGCGCUCCGUGAGGACGUCCCUGUCCCCGGAGCCCCCCUUCGUCUUUAAAUCUCCCGCUGACAUUGUGAAAGAAGUCCUGCUGAACACGUCUGAAGGAUCUCCUGCCUCCUCAGACUCCUUCAGACCUCCAACCAACUCCACCGUGCCUCAGGAGUUCAGAUGCCGCCAGCAGGCCACCACGCUGCUCGACCAGCUGCAGGAGGACUACAACAGACUGCUGACCAAGUACGCCGAGGCAGAGAACACCAUUGAUCGCCUGCGUCUGGAAGCCAAGGUGAACCUGUACUCAGACCCUCCUCAGCCGGGACUCCUGGUCCAGUCAGGACCAAACCGGGACGCCUCCAAGAUCCUGAUGCUGAACUUUCCUCAGGCUCAGAGAGCAGAAAUCACCUCAGCUUCUCCUCACAGAAGUCCUUCUUCUCCAAGAAGUCCAGACCGUCAGAUGGAUCAGCAGCUGGAACAGAUCCUCUACAGUCAAACUGACAAGUUCCUCCAGCAGCUGCAGACCUUUCAGGACCUCCUGAAGAGCAACAGACUCAACCCCUUUGAACAGAUGAAGGGUCUCUCCCAGCUGGCUGAGGGUCUGGACUCUUUAGAGCGAGGCUACCUGUUAGCUAAGGAUCAGAACAAGCAGCCGGAGGCAGGAACCAAACACUUUGACCCUGAACGGGAUCUGGAGGGUCUGAUCUUCCAGUGUGGGCUCCGUAUGGAGGAGCUGAAGGAGCAGGUGGAGGACCUGCAGCAGGAGCAGCCCUCCUGUGAGGCUCCUCCCUCUCCACCUCCUCACCCUACUCCUUCAUCUCUCCUCUCUGAGGGAGGAGGGUCUCUGACUCACCCACAGAGCCCAGUGGAGCCUCUGGAGGUGGAUGGAGACCAGGCAGCAGCAGUGGAGGUGAGCUCAGCCAGCCAAGAAACCGAUGAAGAGGAGGAAACUCUGAACUCUCUCUACCUCAAACCUCUCAACGGGAAACACAGACGGGUCCAACAAGACUUCAACACACUACUGGAGCACUACCAAAGCUUCAAAGAGCUUCCCAAACAUUUAAACCAGAGAGAAGAAGCUUUUCUUUCUGGUGCCGUAGAAAGCAACAUGCAGCCUGGAGACCAGGACAAACAGAAGAGUCUUCCACAGAGACGAGCCACAUCAGACCAUCCAGACUCUCCUCCAGUUCAUCCCAGCAAACAGCAGACCAGCAGCAGGUCCAGGACCUCCAGCCAGGCCUCCACCCCCCAUCUUCACCUCCCCAGCAGCAGGAGGAGCAGCAGGAGGAGGCUGGAGGGGGGGAGGUCCCACAGCAGCAGUCUGAGCAGCCUGGGAGAGAUCACUGCACUAGAGAGGAGGAACUCUAAACUCCAGGCUGGGAGCAGUGGAGCACUUUAUCAGGACGGGAUCAUCUCUCCAGAGACGGACAGCGGCUUCGUGUGUUCAGAGAGCAGCCGGCUGACCCCUGCAGCAGCUCCCAGUCCUCUCCACCACAGAGCUCCCAGUCCUUCCCACCACAGAGCUCCCAGUCUUCCCCACCAGAGAGCUCCCAGUCCUCCCCACCAGAGAGCUCCCAGUCCUCUCCACCAGAGAGCUCCCAGUCCUCUCCACCAGAGGGCAGCAGAGAGUGUUUCAGUGCGUCAGGAGGGGAGGUCAGGGCAUCCAGCCUCAUCUCCUGCUUCUUCACCCUCUCACAGUCAGACAGUUACUGAGUCCAGGAGGAGGUCCAGGCUCGGCCACGACCAGCAGAGGAGGAGCAGACCAGGGGGGAGGAGACGCACCUUCUCCUGUUCUCCACAGCGCUGCCUCCCUCAGACAGAACCAACCAGGGCUGAUGACAGUGGGACCAGUGGGUUUGGGCUGGAGAGUGACAGCUCUCACACUGUUUCUGAAGACAGACUGAACGACCGUUACACACAAUCUGUCAACUCCCUCCACACCUCAAGCUCCUCCCCCGCUGCACGCCGUCACCAUGGCGAUCCCCUCAGAGCGCUGAGCUCCAGUCAGGUGGCCAACUGCAAUGAUGCGAUCCAGACGCUGCAGACGGAGGUGAGCAGACUGAGGGAGAGACUAGAAAACUGUCUGAAGAAUAAGAAGCUCCUGAGCUCAGUGAGAGCUCCUUCAGCUCCUCCAGCUCCUUCAGCUCCUUCAGCUCAGGAGAACUACAGCCGCCACAACACCUCCACACCUCGCAUCAGGUCUGGAGAGAGACGGGGUGAAACCUUCAGAGGAGGAAGAGUCAGACAGACUGAUGAUGAUGAGGAGUCCACACUGAGACGAACAACCACCAAGAGAUCAUCUGCUGCACACAGACACACACCUCAACCUGACGUCUUGACGGAGCCCUCCACCUCCCGGCCUCAGCCUCAGACUCUGGUGUCCAGGUUUACUCAAACAUCUGCUGCAGCUCCAGACAAAAACACUGUCCACAGCAGAACCAGUAACUCCAGGCAGCCUCCUGUUGUUAUGUCUACAGCAUCAGAUGAAGCUGACAGCAGAGGGCGCCGAGCUGCCGUCUGUCCUCAGUGUUUGUCUCGUCUCAGAGAACGAUCUGAAGUUCCAGUAGGUGGAGACAGAGAGACGGCCCACUCCUCCCAGUCCUCCCAGUCCUCCCAUCACUGUCUCCACUGUCCUCUAUGUGGACGUCACAGAGACACUGAGACAGAAGCCUCCACACACACCAGCUGCCGGACACCACAGUCUCCAGAAAGAGCAGCGAGGAGCGUUUACUUUGCAGCUGCACCUCCUCCUGCUCUGCUGCGCUGCAUGCCGGUGUGUCCAACACCACUCCUGUUGUACUCGUCGCCCAUCCACGUGUCUCCUAACAACGGCCCCAGCACAUCCUCAGAGGUCAGAGGUCGUAGGGAGGCGAGGGGGAGGACGAGACGCUCGUUGUCUGUGGACAGAGAUCGCUGUGUGGACAAGGAUCUCUGUGUGGACUCGUCUCUGAACAGAGCCAUCAGAGCAGCUCGCCACAUGAAACACACCUCCGGACACAUGGCUCGCUCUCUGGCUUCAGGACUCAACUACCAGGAGUUGCUGGCUCAGUCCUGCAGCUACUAGUCCGGCAACCUGAACCUCACAGAAGGCUCAGACUGAGCAAUCUGAACCUUACACUGAGGCGGCAACCUCAUCCUGAGGCGGCAACCUCACACUGAGGUCGGCAACCUCAUCCAGAGAUGGAGGGAGUGACGCCAAGAGCAGGCCAAUAAAAUGUAGCGUAAUGUCAAAUUAUUCUGUUCUUUGUAUCUUUGAUUUGUGCGAAACACUGUACAAAAGAAACAAGCGUAGCCACCGUGUCAUCACCAGGCGGCAACCUCUGGGUCUGAGAAAAUUAACAGGUAGCUGCCUUAUAUUAGGUUUUGACCAAGUCUUGUUCUGUUUAUUGAGGAAAUGGGAAUCAGAAUAUUGAACUUGCCACUCAAACACUCAGUCUACCAGCUGAAACUGAAAAGGAAUCACACUUUUUGACUAUAUCGGCAAUUGCACGUUGAUAGUCUGACAUAGACGGCAACCUCCGGGUCUGAGCAGGGAGGCAACCAGGAAGUGCCUUAAGCUGCAUUCUACCAAAAAUUACAGCAGCAAUUAAAGCGUUUUAGUCCAUUAAUUUCAAUGCAAAAUGAGAAAACUUGUCACUUGAUUUAUUAGCUCAGAAAUGUUGGUCUCAAUCACUAGUAAAAAAUCUUCUCCAAGACAAUCUGAUGUUAACAGCGUUAAUAAUGGCCCCAUUUAGAAGAAAAUAGAAGAUAAAGAAUCAUAUGAUUUGGGGCGGGGCUACCUUUGAUUGACAGGUCACUAACAAGGCGAGCCGUCAUCAAGGUUAUUAUAGUUAACGAAAACUAGAAUUGAAAAAACAUUUUCGUUAACUGAAAUAAAACCGAGAGUUUAAAAAAAAAAAAAAAAAAAAAGAUAACUAACUGAAACUUUAUUUUGUGGUUACAAAACUAACUGAAAUUAUAGUGAAAAUGUCCUUCGUUUUCGUCUUUGUCAACUUUUUUCAUCCGUAAACCUUUUUGGUUGAUAUGAAAUCUAUUUAAUCUUUUAUGACUUAAUAAACUUAUUGGGGCUGAGAUGGAUCAGACAAAGGAAAUAAAGAAAACAUUUAUUGUGACCUUAUUGAAUCUGGACCUAACAAAUACUCCAUUACAAAACAACUACAACUAAUAAAAACGAAACUACAACUAAUAAAAACUAAACUAAAACUAAGCAUUUUCCAAAAAAUAAAAACAAAUGAAAACUAACUGGAUUUGAAAACAAAAAAUCGUGAACUAAAUUAAAACGAAAAUUAACUAGUCAAGUUAACUAGUCCUGCCCUAAAGCUGCUUUAUCAUCUACUUUUACUCUAAAAUGGGAUGAUGAAUCAUAAAAUGCUCAUCAUGUGGUAUUAGAGAAGACUUGAAACUAACGAUUGAGACCACAAACUCAUGAAGAAAAUGUUUACUGAGAUAAUAUAUUACUUGAGAAGUAGGCUCAUUUUCUCAUUGACUUCUAAAAAAUGUGACUUCUUUUUGCAACCAGUGGAGUCGCCCCCUGCUGGCUGUUCGAAAGAAUGCAGGUUCAAGGCACUUCUACGUUACGUUACAUCCACUUAUUUUAUUCAGUUUAUGGUUCCUAGAAUAAAUAAUAUUUACCUCUCAGGUGGUUCAGUAGAU